CGAAUUGUCAUUUGGGUUGCCCAAUGAGUUCACGCCUCGCCUAUAAUGUCUCGCGACAAGGGCGUUUCACCAGCACGUUUGGGCGCAUUGGGCGGCGUCCGGGUAUAAAAGACUCCACCCGAGCAGGCGGCCGCCAUUCUGGGGUUCGUUUAGAGGUUUGAAUUUUCUCGGAGAAAGACAGGCCGGCCACGAGGAAAACAGAAACAAGCCGCAGCAACAUCUAAGCCCUUGAAAGGAUCCUGAGAGGGGGGAAAGGGAAAACAGCAGCCACCAGCCCAACCACUUGUGUCUUCUGCCCCUUCCCACCUAUCUUGCCCACCCCACCAGCCCACGCUGCUUGGGACUUGAAAUCUGUGGCCGAAGGACCGUCACUACAUAACUUCAAAAAUAAUCAACCACCCUCCCUUCCCAAACCACCCAAAUUCACUCAUCCAGCGUUUACUUUUUUGAAUCCACUCAGAACUUUUUUCUGCGACCCCCCUCCCUAAAUGGAGUUGGGUGGGGGGGAAAUGAAUACUGAGUUGGCCUUUAUUUUUUAAAAGACUUUUUGAUCCAAUGAGGCCCCCUAAAUAAUUGAGUUUUGGGUCCUGGUUGGUUGUUUUAUUUUUUUUCCUCCAAAAUUUUACCCCCUCCCCCCUGAGCCCGAGGUGCUGACGUCGCAAAAAAAUUGGAUAGUAAGUGUCGAAUUUUCAAAAACCAGCCUUGCAACAAGAAAUCAACGUUUCCCGUUGUGAAACCAAAAAUAAUGAGAGGAAGAAAUGAGACCAUAGAACAAAUAGAGAACUGGAGAAGGACCAAUCGGGUCACUUAAUCUCCAUUAAAAAGGGCCUGUGGGUCUAAGUCUUGUUCUCUCUCCCCUACCACCUAUCUCUUCCCUGCCCUGCUGCAGGCAAAGAGAGGGUGGAGGGAGGGCCGGCAAGUGAGGAUUUUGAUGGUUAACCCUUGGUAAUCCAGCCAAUUUCCAGACUGCCAAAGCCAUACGUGUUUAUAUAAGGAGGAAUGGUUACCUUCCUCUGGUUAGCAGCAGUCUUCAAAAGGGUUAAUGAGCUCACAUACAAGAGAUGGUGGAUCUUGUGGCCCAGAAGUACCACUUCUUUGUGUGUGAGACAAGCAGGGUGCCUUUCAAUUUGCCAGAUUAAUAAGCAAUCUGUACAUAAAGAUUGCAGGGUAAGGAGAUGGGCAGAGAGAAUAGCUCGCUAUAACUUUUUAAAUGACUGUUAAAUCCUCUCAAUUUUAAUGUAAUUUGCUUGGGGUAUAUUUGUGUGGUUAAAAUAGGUGGCAAUCUAGGAAUAAAGAUUGCAAGACACUUAGGACAAAAUAUAAUCUUAGUGCCAGUACAUACAAGAUACUGGGGAGGUGAAGAAUGUCGUAUAAUUGUUGCAGAUUGCAUAGGUAUUUAAAAGCAAAAGAGUGAUUAACAUUUUAACUUGAUAUUUUUUGGUGGGGGAGGUACAGUUAAAUAGAGGGUGGAAAGGUUGGGAAAUGUGGAAUUUAGGAGUAUAAUUUUAAAAGCCAUUUAGUGCAAUUGAAUGCUAGCUUUCUAAAAGAUUUGUGUCGUUAAAAGGAAUUUUUUUCUUCCCUGCUUCAAUAUGGCGACUUUCCUUGUCCUUUUGUCUUCCAAGCGGCGUUGCAGGUUGUGUCUUGACCCAUUUUUUUUUCCUGUCCUCCCACCUCAACCCUAUUUGUUGAGAGGGGUCCAAGUCCUUCCUCCCCCUUUCCCUCUAUAGGGAGGAUGGGGGUGGUCGAUGGUAGCCGGUUGAACCUCCGUUGCAAAUUCAGUUCUUCCCUGCAGAAAAUUGUUCUUUUUAAUAUUUUAAUUGCUUUAAUUUUCACUACGCUCUUACUGAUCAAAAUAGGUCAAAGAUUAUCCACGAUGAGGAACUGGCUUUUGAUUUUUUUUUUUUUUUUUUUUACUAAAAAGGUGUUUUAUAAUGUAACCGAAGCUACCGGCAGAGCCGGGUGACUUUUUAAAGUUUAAGUCCUCUUUCUCCAUUACAAAAUGGCGUCCGUCCGUCUUUGUUGUUUUUCUCCCCCUUUUGCCAUCCUGAGCUUAGGGCCGCCCUAGAAACUUGGUCAAGGGGGAGGAGCAGCCUUGAAAGGUGAUGUAAUCAGCUUGCUUCCUCCUUUCUCCACCCUCUUGAAGCUCCACCCCUGAGCAGAUGCCUUUGCACUCCCUAUUCUCGUUGCUGCUAGGGAGAAGACAUUUUCCUUAUUUUCAUUAUAUAAAAUAUCUUAAAGGGAUAGGAGCUUAUAGGAAUUAAGUAUCAAGGCUGUCCAUCUCCUUGGGUAGUUCUAGUUUUUAUAGAACCAGUUUUUAUUUUCACUUUCCUUCACUCAUCACAACUGCUUGUAAUUUUUCCCAACUUCACCUGCCAGGGGUGAAAAAACAGGCAAACCUAAGACUGGGAAGCUUUGAGGAUGUGUGUGAGCGUGUGUGUAUGUAUAUAUGUGUGUAGAGGGAGAUGGGAAAGACACAAGGGCUUGUUAGAGUAACUUGGAGAUAAACGGGCCUAAUGACACUGAAGUGUGCCAUUUCUGCUCAGGAACUAGUCUUUGGGCCUCCUGCAUUUGGUCGCUUUGUGUAAUGAGAAUCGGGGGAAGGUGGGUACUUUUAGGACUUUCUUCUAAAUCACCCUCAUUCCCACCUGUCAGUUUGGGGGUAAACUCUGUAUUCAGUGCUGUAUCACGUUCUGCACUUGAUUAGUUCUGUACAUUGGUACUAGGAUAAGAAGUGACUUUAGGAAAGGAGGCGGCAGUUGUAAACUCAAGGCAGGGGGAAUCAAGCUACGGUUUCUGAAACCACCAUCAUGGGUUCGGGUCCCAUAGACCCCAAAGAACUUCUCAAGGGACUGGACAGCUUCCUUAACCGAGAUGGGGAAGUCAAAAGUGUGGAUGGGAUUUCCAAAAUCUUCAGUUUGAUGAAGGAAGCACGAAAGAUGGUGAGUCGAUGCACUUACUUGAACAUUCUCCUGCAGACCCGUUCACCAGAAAUACUGAUCAAGUUUAUUGACAUUGGCGGCUACAAACUUCUUAACAAUUGGCUGACGUAUUCAAAGACAACCAACAACAUUCCCCUCCUCCAGCAAAUUCUACUGACCCUGCAGCACCUACCACUCACUGUAGACCAUCUCAAGCAGAACAACACAGCUAAACUGGUGAAGCAGCUGAGCAAGUCAAGUGAGGAUGAAGAGCUCCGGAAAUUGGCCUCAGUCCUUGUCAGUGAUUGGAUGGCUGUCAUCCGCUCUCAGAGCAGUACCCAGCCCGCUGAGAAAGAUAAGAAGAAACGUAAAGAUGAGGGAAAAAGUCGAACUACCCUUCCUGAGCGACCUUUGACAGAGGUGAAGGCUGAGACCCGGGCUGAGGAGGCCCCAGAGAAGAAGAGGGAGAAGCCCAAGUCUCUUCGCACCACAGCACCCAGUCAUGCCAAGUUCCGUUCCACUGGACUAGAGCUGGAGACACCAUCCUUGGUGCCUGUGAAGAAGAAUGCCAGCACAGUGGUGGUUUCUGACAAGUACAACCUUAAACCCAUCCCCCUCAAACGUCAGAGCAACAUAGCUGCUCCAGGAGAUGCUACUCCCCCUGCAGAAAAGAAAUACAAGCCACUUAACACAACACCUAAUGCCACCAAAGAGAUCAAAGUGAAGAUCAUCCCGCCACAACCUAUGGAGGGCCUGGGCUUUCUGGAUGCUCUCAAUUCAGCCCCUGUUCCAGGCAUCAAAAUUAAGAAGAAGAAAAAAGUACUGUCACCUACAGCUGCCAAGCCAAGCCCCUUUGAAGGGAAAACGAGCACAGAACCAAGCACAGCCAAACCUUCUUCCCCAGAACCAGCACCACCUUCUGAGGCAAUGGACACAGACCGUCCAGGCACCCCGGUUCCCCCUGUUGAAGUCCCGGAGCUCAUGGAUACAGCCUCUUUGGAGCCAGGAGCUCUGGAUGCCAAGCCAGUGGAGAGUCCUGGAGAUCCUAACCAACUGACCCGCAAAGGCAGGAAGAGGAAAAGUGUGACAUGGCCUGAGGAAGGCAAACUGAGAGAAUAUUUCUAUUUUGAAUUGGAUGAAACUGAACGAGUAAAUGUGAAUAAGAUCAAGGACUUUGGCGAGGCAGCUAAGCGAGAGAUACUGUCAGACCGACAUGCGUUUGAGACAGCGCGGCGUCUGAGCCAUGAUAACAUGGAGGAGAAGGUGCCCUGGGUGUGCCCCCGGCCCCUGGUUCUGCCCUCACCUCUUGUCACCCCUGGAAGCAAUAGUCAGGAGCGAUAUAUCCAGGCUGAGCGGGAGAAGGGAAUCCUUCAGGAGCUCUUCCUGAACAAGGAGAGUCCUCAUGAGCCUGAUCCUGAGCCCUACGAGCCCAUACCCCCUAAACUCAUCCCCCUAGAUGAGGAGUGUUCCAUGGAUGAGACUCCAUAUGUUGAGACCCUGGAACCUGGGGGGUCAGGUGGCUCACCUGACGGGGCAGGAGGCUCCAAGUUGCCUCCAGUUCUGGCCAAUCUUAUGGGAAGCAUGGGUGCUGGAAAGGGCCCCCAAGGCCCUGGAGGAGGAGGCAUUAAUGUCCAGGAGAUCCUCACCUCCAUCAUGGGUAGCCCAAACAGUCAUCCUUCAGAGGAACUACUGAAACAACCAGACUAUUCGGACAAGAUCAAGCAGAUGCUGGUGCCACAUGGACUUCUAGGCCCUGGCCCAAUAGCCAAUGGUUUCCCACCAGGGGGUCCUGGGGGCCCCAAGGGCAUGCAGCACUUUCCCCCUGGACCUGGGGGACCUAUGCCAGGUCCCCAUGGAGGCCCUGGUGGGCCAGUGGGUCCACGUCUUCUGGGUCCUCCACCCCCUCCCCGGGGGGGUGAUCCCUUCUGGGAUGGCCCGGGCGACCCUAUGCGGGGUGGCCCAAUGCGGGGGGGUCCAGGACCAGGUCCCGGACCAUACCAUAGAGGCCGAGGUGGCCGAGGAGGAAACGAACCUCCUCCUCCUCCUCCUCCAUUCCGAGGCGCCCGAGGAGGUCGCUCUGGAGGAGGACCCCCAAAUGGACGAGGGGGCCCUGGUGGGGGCAUGGUUGGAGGUGGUGGGCAUCGUCCCCAUGAAGGCCCUGGUGGGGGCAUGGGCAACAGCAGUGGACAUCGUCCUCACGAAGGCCCUGGCGGUGGCAUGGGUGGGGGUGGAGGACAUCGUCCCCACGAAGGCCCUGGCGGUGGCAUCAGUGGUGGCAGUGGCCAUCGUCCCCAUGAAGGCCCUGGUGGAGGAAUGGGUGCUGGUGGUGGACAUCGCCCCCACGAAGGCCCUGGUGGAAGCAUGGGUGGAAGUGGUGGACAUCGUCCCCAUGAAGGCCCUGGACACGGGGGGCCCCAUGGCCACCGGCCUCAUGAUGUCCCUGGUCACCGAGGCCAUGACCAUCGAGGGCCACCUCCUCAUGAGCACCGUGGCCAUGAUGGUCCUGGCCACGGGGGAGGGGGUCACCGAGGGCACGAUGGAGGCCACAGCCAUGGAGGAGACAUGUCAAACCGCCCUGUCUGCCGACAUUUCAUGAUGAAGGGCAAUUGCCGCUAUGAGAACAACUGUGCCUUCUACCACCCGGGUGUCAAUGGGCCCCCCCUGCCCUAGGGACCAUUUUCCUGCCCCGUUCACACAACCCCUGUGGACUGCAGCCUCGCUCCUUCCACCCUGUUAUGGCUUCUGUGAGGCCCAUUUUCCCUUGUCCCCAGCUGAUGAGGAGCCGGCCCCCUCAGUUCCCACUUGCUUGGGUUCCUGGGGCUUUUCUGAUCACUGGUGCGCAUUGAUGUACAUAUUUUCCUCCAGUCUGGGGAGGAGAGAGACUGGAAACGUUCCUGGACUGCUGAAGAGGAGACCCAGUUGGCUUCACUUUUUGAGAAGAUUCGCCCUGUACCCCAAACCCCUUUCCAGUAUUACCCUUAAUGCUUGAGAACCUAAAGCUGGUUAUCCUGGAGAACACCCCUACCCUUCUAUUGCGGGUCCCCACAUGCGCACAGAACUCUGACACAGGAUCAGCUGCACUUAAGAAAUCAUCCCAGCUAAGUUCAUUAUUCCUCAUGGGGUGGGGAGAUGGUGAAGGGGUAUUGUAUAUCCCACUGCACUGAGAGGGCUCAAUCAGCUGGAUUUGAGUUCUGGAACACACAUCAUCCCCACUCCUCCCCCAGCGUGGGCUUUCUAUUCUUAGUCCUUUCUCAAGUGGGACCUUGAACGUUCUGUGAACACCCAGUCUGCAUCCUGGGUCUGCUAGGUUCGAUGAUGGCGAACUCAUAUAUGCAUCCGGUGCAAGUUUUAGCUGGCAGAGGUGAGACCAAUGGUGCUGGUCUGCCUUUGCCAACUACAGCCAGUCUGGAGACUUGAUAAAAUACUUCAGUGAGACCAGCUUCUUAUCAACUUGGGCCCGGCAUGCUGGGCCUGAAAGUCACACUACAUGCACUGCCUUUGGGAGUCAGCUCACUCCCUGCUCCCACCUGGAACCUUGCCAGCGUGAAGGAGGCUUCCAGCUACUUCACCCUGUCAACCACCUCUGAAUCCCCGCCAGGUGCCUUCCUGGGUGGAUUCAACAGGAUGAUUUUGCCCUUUCCCAGUUCUCUCCUUCACCUUGGCAUCAGUUGUUUUCUAUGAAAACAGUGGAUUGGUUGGGUUUUGUGCAGGGUCUUGGGUUAGAGCCAAAAUGGAUUUGAGGAUGAGUAUUUUUUUUUUUGGUUUUGUAUAUUUUGUACAUUAAUAAUAAACAGUGGAAAGAGAAGCAGCUUAUUUAA